UAAUGAGGUAUAGCCCAUAGUUUAUAAUGAACCAAAAUUUUCACAUUAAUUCAAAAAUAUAAACAUGAAUUCAGCAGCAACGACAAUACAAAGAAUCAAUUAUUUGCUAUCAGAACAACCAUCAAUUACAUCAUUCCAAUGGAGUCCAAUUAUGUGGGGUUCAACAUGGUCAUUUCUCAUUUUAUCUAUCUCCGCUUAUAUCAUCACCUCCGUCACCCUCCACCUCCUCCUCCUCCUCCUAAUACGGCGGCGCCGCCCCAUCCUUCUCGGUCCCAUCCCCGCCCUCCAUAGCCUCUCUAUGUCGUUAAUCUCCGCCACUAUUUUCCUCGGAAUGUUAUCCUCCGCUGUUGCGGAAAUCCGCGACACGCAGUGGAUAUGGCGGCGUUCGAAAACGCCGCUCCAAUGGCUCCUUUGUUUCCCGAUAGGCACGCGCCCUUCAGGGCGCGUGUUCUUCUGGUCAUAUGCAUUUUACCUAUCCCGUUUCCUUCACGUUUUACGCACAUUCUCCACCAUUCUACGACGUCGUAAUCUGUCGUUUUUUCAACUUUUUAAUCACUCGAUACUCAUUUGUAUGUCGUUUUUAUGGCUUGAAUUUUCACAGUCUUUUCAAGUUAUAGCGAUUUUACUUAUGACUUUAGUUUUCGCUUUGGUUUACGGUUACCGUUUUUGGACAGAAAUCGGGCUCCGGAGAGCCCGAUUUCCGUUCGUGAUGAACUGUCAUUUGGUUUUUUUGGGCUGUAAUUUGGUAUGUCAUGUUGGAGUUCUUUUGUUGCAUUUUUAUAAAGGUGGAUGUAAUGGAAUGGGAGCUUGGUUUUUUAAUUCAGUGCUUAAUAUGUUUGUGCUUUUAGUGUUUUUGAGAUCAUAUGUAAAGACGUAUUAUUUGAUUAGAGAAAAUUAUUUUAGUGUUGCUGCUGAAUCGAUUUCUGAAGUUGAAGAUUUUGUAACUUCACCAACAAGUAAUAAGGAUCUGUGAGUAUGAAGGAAAUGUUACGGAUGUAAUGCUACAGAUGAAAAGGGAGCACUUUUUCGAAUGGGUUUUAUGCCAAUCUAAAUAAAUUGGACUUCCCCGAAUAUCGAUCGCAGGAUGGAAAAUAAGAAAACUCAUUCUUUUAUUUUGUUUUGAUCUCUUUUGUGUGUCCACUUUUAACGCGCUGCCAAGCUGUGUACAAUUAAAAGAUAUUUUAUUUAUAUCAAUUUUGUUAACUUUUUUUU